UAUAAAUUGAUCCUUGCUUUUUUUCUUAUACUAUUAAUAAUACAAAAAAAAAUUACAAGGUAAUAGAAUGGUUGUGAAACUAUAUGGACAGGUUACGGCAGCUUGUCCGCAAAGAGUCUUGCUUUGUCUUCUUGAGAAAAAAAUUGAAUUUGAGAUUGUUCACAUCGAUCUUGAUACGCUAGAGCAGAAAAGACCAGAACAUCUUCUUCGUCAGCCAUUUGGUCAAGUUCCAGCCAUAGAAGAUGGAGAUUUCAAGCUUUUUGAAUCUCGAGCCAUUGCGAGAUACUACGCGACCAAGUACUCGGACCAAGGCACGAACCUUUUGGGCAAGUCUCUAGAGCACCGAGCCAUCGUGGACCAGUGGGCUGAUGUUGAGGUGGGUUACUUCAACGUUUUGGUACACCCUUUAGUGAUGAACCUAGUCAUCAAGCCGAGGUUAGGCGAAGAAUGUGACGCCGCUUUGGUCGAGGAGCUCAAGGUGAAGCUCGGGGUGGUCUUGGACAUAUACGACAACCAGCUUGCCUCCAACCGGUUCUUGGCUGGUGAUGAAUUCACUAUGGCUGAUUUGACGCAUAUGCCGGCGAUGGGGUAUUUGAUGCGUACCGAUAUAAACCGGAUUGUUAAGGAUCGGGCGAAUAUGAACCGGUGGUGGGAAGAGGUUACGGCUAGACCGGCUUGGAAGAAGCUUAUGAAGAUGGCUGGUUUCUGACUUAGCUCAAAAUUAUGAUGAUCCGAACAAAAUAAGUUUCAUAUAUUCUGUUUCUUCUGUUUGUCUGACUUUCGUUCGUUUCAAUAAUUAAAUCAAUCUACUUUUGAAGAUUUUAAUUUGUCAACU